GGGGAUGCUUUCGUGACGUGUCCUACUUUGUUGUUGGUGGGCGGGGCUCUGCUGCUCUCUGUCACGUGACUGUGUUUCACUCACUGCUAACAACAUGGCUGCCGAGGAGCUGCCAUCUGAAUUUGACGUCGUCAUUCUGGGCACAGGUCUCGUGGAGUCAGUGGUCGCCGCAGCCUGUUCCAGAGUCGGACAGAGAGUUCUGCACCUCGACAGGAGAAGCUAUUAUGCAGCGAACUGGGCCAGCUUCACCUUCAAUGGCCUGCUCACCUGGAUACAGCAGCACCAUGAGGAGUCUCAGUCUGAGGAGGUCCAGGAUAGGUCGAGCCUGUUGGAGGAAGGGGAGGAGCUGAUCUACCUGUGUAACUCUGACUCCGCCUCCAUCAGUAACCUGCAGGUGUUCUGUUACACCAGAGAGACACACGAGGAGGAGGAAGAAGAAGCUCCGACUCCUGAUCCUGAUCCUGUAGACACCACAGAAGUGGAAACAUCAGCUGAUGGUGACAAUGGUGUUAAAGAAACAUCAGAGACAGUAUCUGCAGAUUCAAAGGAAAAAGAGACAAAGGAUGAAGCAUCUGAUGAAAAGGAGGAAGAACAGUCACAGGCCCCUCACACGGAUGGGGAGGAGCCAGAGACGGCUCAGCCACAGCCCCCCACUGCUCCAAGCCAAUCGGAGCCAGUGAGGAAGAAAAUCAGCUACACUCACCUGGUGAAGGAAGGACGCAGGUUUAACAUUGACCUUGUCUCCAAGCUGAUGUUUUCUCGCGGCUCCUUGGUCGAUCUGCUCAUCAAGUCAAACGUCAGUCGUUAUGCAGAGUUUAAGAACAUUACCAGGAUACUCACCUAUCGCAAUGGCAACACAGAACAGGUGCCCUGCAGUAGAGCUGAUGUGUUUGCGAGUCGUCAGCUGUCUGUGGUAGAAAAGAGGAAGUUGAUGCGUUUCCUCACUUCCUGUGUGGAAGAGACUGAGGAGCAGCAAGUUUACAACGGUCGGCCAUAUUUGGAGUUCCUGCGUGACCAGCACCUCGGCGACAACCUCCAGCACUUCCUGCUCCACUCCAUCGCCAUGGUGACAGAGGACACUCCCACAGAGGUGGGGCUCACCUCCACACGUCACUUCCUGCGCUCCCUUGGACGCUACGGCAACACGCCCUUCCUGUUUCCUGUCUACGGCCUUGGAGAAAUACCACAGUGUUUCUGUAGGAUGUGUGCUGUGUUUGGAGGAAUCUACUGUCUGAGACACUCGGUCCAGUGUCUGCUGGUCGACAAGAACACCAACAGGUGCAAGGGAGUGAUUGACAGCCGAGGACAGCGAAUAAGCUGCAGCCACUUUGUGGUGGAGGACGGCUUUGUGUCCGCAGAGAGGAAGAAGGUGGCCACGCCCCCCAGGUCCAUCAGCAGAGCCGUCCUGAUCACCGACGCCUCCAUUCUGCCCAGUGACUCGGACCAACAGGUUUCCAUGGUAACGGUUCCUCCAAUAGCAGCGGGGUCUCCGUCCGUGACGAUGGUCGAGCUCUGUUCAGCCACGAUGACGUGUGCACCUGGAACCUAUCUGGUCCACCUCACCUGUCAGUCAGUUGGCUCCGCCCACGAGGACCUGUCGCCAGUGGUAACCAGGAUGUUCCACACGUCAGAGUCCCAUGACCAAGACGAGCGUCCCUCCGUCCUCUGGUGUCUCUACUUCAACAUGGCCGACGGUUCCGCCGCCCAGGUGGAAGGUCACGACCUCCCGUCUAACGUGCACAUGUGCUCGGGACCAGACGGAGGCCUGGGACACGAGCAUGCCAUCACACAGGCUCAGUCGAUCUUUGACAAGAUUCUUCCUCAGGAGGAUUUUUGUCCUCCAGCUCCGAACCCUGAGGACAUCAUCUACACGGAAGAGGAGACGAAGAAGGAGGGGGUGGAAGAGGAAGAAGAGAAGGAGACGACGAAGGAGGGGGAGGAAGAGGAGGAGGAGGAGAAGACGAACGAAGAGGAGAAGGAGACAAAGAAGGAAAAGGAGGAGGAGGAGGAGGAAGAGGAGACAAAGCCUUUAAAGGAGGAGUAACAUGAAAAAAUAAUAUUUAUCUACAAACAGACAUCGUCCAUAGAAACUCAAACCCCUGCUGUGGAUUGUGGGUAAAAGUUUCUGUCAUUUCUUUUUGUUUCCUUUUUUAAUUUAAAUACUUUAAUAAAAGAUUCAUUCAAGUUCAACUGGAAAAAUAAA